AUGGUGCGCGUGCCAAGAUACCCCGCUUCUCCGGUCCAGGAGAUCUUCUUGCCGGAGCCCGUCCCGUUUGUUCAAUUCGACGCGAGCACGCCGUCGCCGAGCAAACCCCCGGCGCCCUUGCCAGCCCCCAACAUUGCGCAGUGCGAGGGAGAGAAAGAUCGUUUCCGAGACAUCUGGAGUAUGUACAACCGUGGAAUCGCGGGAUCCCAGCAGGUUCGGGAAGCCUACUCCAGCAUGACCAAGUGCUUCGAGCGCGUCUCCGUGUGGGAGGCGAUUGAAAGCGAUCCCGCGCUCCGCCAAGCUCAGAACUUCACUAUGGACAAGAAGGAUGCCGAGGCAGACCAGCGCUACAAGCAGUUGCAAUACGGAAAAGUCCCCAGCAUCCUGACAAAGUACCAUUUGUAG